AUGAUGACUCAUCAAUCAAUGGAGCUCAACAACGAUGAAAGUUCAACUGAUGAUGAAGUCAUGAAAGAAGGCUCUCCUGUCAAUGAUGACAAAAUUGAUGAUGACGCUGUCAAUGUGGAAUUUGAUGAUCUGAAUGAAGAAGAGAAAGAGAAUUCUCACAUGGACAGUGGUAUCAUAGCUGAGUCAAGUGGCAAUGAUGAAUCAACUGAUCCUGAAUCGAUGGAAGAAGAUACAGGCCAUGCUUUGUAUGAACUGGAACACCAGAAAGACAAAGCAAUGGAAGAAUUAUCAAAAAUAUUCGAACUAUUGGACAUAGAUCCAAUCCAUGACAGAUCAGCAGUACUACCCAUUCGAGCCAAAGUCGAUGAGGUGUAUAGAAAACUUAAUCGAUUAUGUGACAUAUUGGAUGGAAAGGCUCAAGUUUUGCAUGAUCCAAAUCCUCACGGACUCAUGAAACGUGAAUCAAAUGAACUUGUGGGUAGUUUGAGAAAGUUACAUGCUGAUAGCGAUGCUAAUGAAGAAGUUCGCUUGAUGACAAUUGCUCCCACAGAAUGCGGUCAACAAAAAAUUGAAAAAUGGUUCAACUCAAAGCCAAAUCAGGCUCAACGAUUGCUCGUUCUUCGAAAAAACAAUGGAAUAUUAGCUUAUUCACAAUGUAUACGAGGAAAUAAUCGUCCUUUAUCUGAUUCAACAAUUGAUGCUGUGGUCAAAUUCUAUCGUGAGGAUGGCAUCAGUCGAACCUCAUCCAAUUCCAAAGACACAAUUAAAAUCGACGGGCAAGCAGUGGCAGUUCGGUUUUUAGAAAUGACUCUCUUGGAUGCUUAUCACAUAUUCGAUGAACGACAUCCUGGAGCUGUUGCAAGAUCAACUUUUAAUGCUCUUCGACCACGAGAAGUAAAAACCGCAACACCACAUGACACGUGCAUGUGUAUUAUCCAUGAGAACAUGGAUCUGUUAUUGAAGGGGUGGAACAACUACUACCGAAAAUGCGUCAGUGUAGGUUCUUUAUCAACUAAUGACAACGUCAAUAUGAAGGAUCUGAUCACUCAAAUGGUUUGCACUAUCUCUAAUGAAAAGUGCUUUAAUGAUGAAUGUGAUGAUUGCCCAAUGAAAAGCAUCACGGAUAUUCUUACAGAUAACAACAUAAUGGAUUUAGAUGACGAAUGCUCAUGGAAUUUGUGGAAGAAAGUCAAUAAUAAGUUCGACCUUCAACAGAUGUCUGGCUCAAUUGACUCUCUAUUAACGGAAAUUGAAGAAGGCUGGCCAUUAUUCUUACUUCACACACAUAUUAAUCGUGAACAACGUGAAUGUACCAAAGACUUGCGUUGCCAAUCAACGGACAAAACGUUCGUUGUUGCUCAAAUAGAUUUUUCAAUGAAUUAUACACUGGUACGUCAGCGUGAAGUUCAACAAGGAUUUUUUAGUCAGCACCAAGUCACCUUAUUUACAAUUCAUCUGACCAUAGGAAAAGAACAACGAAAUUUAGCGAUCAUCAGUGAUUAUAUGGAACACACAACGGUGUUUGUGCACUGUGAACAAAAGGUUCUUACUCAAUUUAUCAAGAAAAAUUUUCCGUUGGUAAAGAAGAUCAAUUAUGUGAGCGAUGGUGCAUGUGCGCAUUUCAAAAACAAUGCCAGCAUUUUGAACCUAAUUCACCACAAGAUCGACUUUGAUUUGGAUGCUUGUUGGACAUUUACAGCUACAGGGCAUGGAAAGGGUGCUGGCGACGGCAUUGGUGCAGUACUUAAGUUCUCGGCUAGACGUGCUACACUUUCCAAGAAUAUUCUCAUGUCAAAUCCAAAAGACUUCUACGAAUUCACACAAAAACAACAACUUGAAACAGCAAGAAGAUCUAACAAAGAUAUUCCUGGUGUUCAUGCCUUCUUUCUUGAAUCAGAUGAAAUAGAAGAAGCGAAAAACUUCGAACAACAGGUGAAAAAGGCUUUUGCUUCUAUUCGUUUAUGUCUGUAUUGA